AUGCUCGAAUUCACUCAUUCAAGAGAAUUUCGCCAACUAGAUUCUGUCUCCAAUUGCGCGAAUUUGUUUGCUGAUAAAGUAAACGAGUCCCAAGAGAAAUUGUCGCGGUUGUCUGAGAAUACGGCUAUUUUGCGCGGCCAAAUAGCUGAGUUUGAAGUGACUCUGGCCAACUCUCUGCAGGCUAGGAAAGAGGCGGAGCGCCGCUGCCAGAAAGCCGAAGCGUCAGCCGAUAGCUGGCGGCUGGAAUGUGAGCUUUUAUCCAGCCGCAUCGAUGAAGGGGCGCGUGCUUACGCCGAUCUGGCUGGGGUAAAGGUGCAGUUGGAUGAGGAGAUUGCCAUGUAUCGAGUAUUAUUACAAUCAGAGGAGGAAAGGUAA